AUGGCUGCGAAUUCCAAUUUGAGCUCGAAUCCAAGUCUGAUUCAGAAUGCAGACAAUGCAAGGACAAUGUUUCUUCCGGAGAUCGGACCUGAUGGAAUCCCACGAGAAUCUCCUGUUAUUGCUUACACGGAAAAGAUAAUAGAAGCAGAGCAGCUUCAAUUGAGAAAAUACAUCGAAGAAAAUUAUUCCAAGAUUCGUGAUGUUGAACGAGAAUUGGGAAAUCUUACAAUGGAGAUGAAGCUUACUGCUGGUCCAAAGAAAGCUGCUCUUGAACACAUGCGAAAGAAAAUAGAAUUGUCAACUGAGAGAAUUCGUGUUGCUAAGCUGAAUGAAGAGCAGGCACGAAAGGCCUGGGAAGCAGCAUCAAAAACUGUAAAGGAUGAAGAAGCAAUUAAACAGAAGCUUUGUGAAGACUUGAAUAAUCUGGUUCAGGAAAGUAGCAAUGCUCAGUAUGCUAGACUGGAAGAAUUGAAACGGCGUCUGGAAGCUUUAAACCCGAGCAGAUCAUCCACUCAUGUACCCUCUGAUGGGAAUCCAAGGGGACUGGUAACUCAGGAUAUUUCCACAGUAAGUACACCAGAACCAGCAGCUGGAUCAGCUGCUGAUGCAUCAAGUCGAGGGAAUGUUCCCCAAACAGGUGGUCAGAACCAACAGCCUUCUCUUGAUGGUGACGGAAGAGGGAAGAAGAAAAGAGUGGAAGCACCAAGGAACAGCUUGGAAUUAGAGGAGCCUCCCAUGGAUGCUGCAGCUUCGCUGUCAUUAGCCAUGAAAGAAGAUGGAAAUUUGAAUAUCCCUGAGACACCAAGAAUUUCAUCAGCCAGAAGGUCAGAUGUUGACCAUAGGCUGUCCCUUCAAAUAAAAAAAAAGAGAGAGAAUUUCAGUGAAGAAAUUGAAUUCCAGAAAAUGGGUACAAGGAGAGAAUUCAAGAAGAGGAUGAAAAUAGAAAUUCAGGCCAAUAUCAAGGCAGAUUUUAGUCAGUCGGUAAUGGAAGAAACAGAGAGGGGAUGA